AUGACUAUGGAACUGCAAGAGCUGAGGGAUCAGCUGGCACAGCUCCAAUCUGAAAAUGUACUAGCUCUCGACACCACACUAAUGGCUCACCAGCUGAACAGCCCCACAUAUGGGGGCAGUGACAGCAGCCCAGGAGGUGGGAAACUGCAACCCCCUGAUGUGAGGAGCCAAACGUCAGGAGGGGAGAGCACCGGCUCAUCAACCCACAGGGCAGCACAAGAGCAAGCGGCCCCAAAUCUCAUUGCCCCAUGUCCUAAGCUAUUACAGGCGAUUUGUGGAGGGUUUCGCAAAACUGGCUGCUCCCCUACACAAGUUGCACGCCCAGGGACUCCUCUUCCGAACGAGGUGCAACUGGCCAUAAAAUGCACCAGUGUGGCUACUCAAUGCGCUAUGUCAGUCAUCCCUGAGAGGUCAACAGAUGACGUGAAGGUGUUGCAGCAGGCCGAUCCAGCUAUCGCCCCGGUGUUGGCCUUUAUACAGCGGCAGUGUGCCCCAGGAAGAAUGGAGAGGGAGGCACUUGACCCUGCGGCCAGAAGGCUGACGACCCUGCUGUUCGGCCACACUAGCGGUCAGCGCCGCCCCCAGGUCACGGGUUGGACUCCUACCAGCCCCACGUACGGUCAGCCCUGUCCCCAGCUCACCACCAAGACGCUCUACCCGUCAGACAGCCGGCCAGCAUCCUAA